GGUUUUUGAUUGUGUGUCGUCGUGCGCGGGUGUCUCUGUGUGUGUGUGUGUGUCUGUGUGGGUGUCCCUCUAUCUGUAUAACUGUGUGUGUAUGACUCGGUUUGUACGUGUGUGUGUGUGUUGCGUUGCUGGUUUGUUUGUGUCGCAGGGCGUGAGCGAGCGAGAUAGCAACAACUGCAUGUGCAUUGGCGCCCGCGAGUGCGAGCGAGAGCGAGAGAGCGACCGAUUGGCAAUAGCGAGAGUGCAAAGUGCAUAAAAGUUUUUGGCCAGCGAAAAAUGGCGACACAUCGGGUGGGUCGCAAACGGGCAAGAAGAAGCAGCAGUAGCAGCUAAAAGCGACGCAACGCGACUUCGCCUCGCCGUCCAAAAAAGCAAGCAGCGUUCUCGUUCGUUUGUCGCGCGAUUUUAUAACCGUUUUCAAAAGCGGCGGCACUGCGAAUUCCGCCUGUCGUCCGUCCUCUUCGCACGGAAAUUCAGAAUGUUGCAAGAGACACCCACGAGAAAUAAAAAAAUCAAAGCUAAAUAAAAAUAUAUAUAUAUGAUAUAUAGCACACCAAAAAUACCCAAAAGAACUUUAGUACAAAAUGACCAACACUUCGCUAUGCAAAAUCGAAACCAAUACCAAAAUUCAGUGCCGGAAUAAAACGUAAUAUGCCAUACAUUUAUGUAUUUUAGCCCAGUUAAUUAAAUUGAACAACAUGAACUGCAGCAGCGAAAAGGAGGAAGAAGACGUAUUUUAAAUAACAGCAAUUAAGAAAAACAAAAUACGAAUUUGAAACAACAAAUCAAACAGAUCUAACAACAAAUAAGGCGGAGAGAGCAUUUCGAGAACAACAAAUAAAUCUCGUGCACACGCACGUGGGCUUGCAUGUGUGCGAGUAUGCAAGUGUGUGUGUGAGUGUGUGUGUCUGUGAGCGCAACUAAAACAGCAUCAACUACAACUACAAGCUGAGCAAAAGCAACUGCAGCUACAAACGCACCGACACCAAACGCACACUAACACCGAUUCUAAAGAUCUGCCGUCGAACUCUAUACUCCGAUCUAUACCAAGCCGAAGACUUAUAUAUUUAUAUAUUGUAUAUAUAAAUAUAUCUAUAUCCAUAUACAACGCACUUCAGGAAGUCGGUUCACGGCCACAAAAAGACCGAAUCGACAGAAGUCCAAAGCACAGCACCCACAACACCUGGAAACCUAAAUGCCGCAUCUAGUCCAAUGUAUCGUCAAAAGUCUACAGAUUAAUUGUUGUUCCUAAGCCGCCGCUUGAUGAAUAUUGGCCACGAGAAGCAUUCGCCGCACUAUCAUCCGCAUCCGCAACCGCAUCCACGCGCCGCCGCCUCUGAAGUUCAUCGUUUAGCCGCCGGCGGUUCGGUUACUCCGCCACCGCCACCACCACCGUCGACGUCGUCAUCGUCAUCGUUGUUAUACCACCUGCCCGCCACCGCCGCCGCCACAGUAACCGCCUCCUAUCGCCACGCACUGCAAGGUCAUGAGAGGCAACAGAGCCAGCAUCACCUCCCCUACCAGCACCAGCACCACCAUCACCACCACCACUACCAUCAGCACCACCCACAUUUGCCAACCGGUGGAGGGAACGUGCACCUGAGCCGCGAAUCAUCACCCGCUUCAAUGGUGAUGACCCCCAGUCGCCGCAGUUCGCCGCCCCUGCCGCCGCUGCCCUUGACGACGCAUCCCAUCCACCCGCACUCGCAUUCGCAUUCGCAUCCGCAUCCACAUACGCAUCCGCAUCCGCUGCCUCUGGCGCUACCGCUGCGCCAUCCCCUCGCCCUGAAUGCGAACGCCGGUGGUCACCAGUCGCCGUCCCGCUCCUCCGGCAGCGUCCAGCAGACAUCGUCGCACGCACAAUCGUCGGCGCAAUCGAUGAGCGUUCACUUCUCGCAGCUGGCCCAUGCCCAGCUGCAUUUGCAGAAUCAAUUGCAGCAGAAGCUAUCGGCGGCGGCAAGUAGGAAUAAUAAUAACAAUAAUAAUAAUAACAAUAGUAGUAGCACCGGAUCGGGCACUGGAACGGGCAACAGUACGCCCACGCACGAACCGAAUCCCAUGAAUCCGCUGAGUGAUUUGCAGAACAUGCAACCGUUUGACUUUCGGAAAAUCAGCUCGGCGGCGGCGCUGGGUGCCUUUGGUGGUCCCUUGCCGCUGCCGCAGAGUCCCACGGAAUUCGGACAACACCAUCACCACAGUCAGCAGCAGCAGCAGCAGCAGCAUCAGCAGCAUCAGCACCACCUGCAUCGGAACCAGUUCUUCAAUGCAAUGGCCAUGGCCUAUCACCUGCCACCGCCACCGCCGCCGCCUCCACCGCCGCCCGAUUCUCGAUCCCCACCAUCGCCGCCAUCAGGUGUUGGCCAGUAUCAGCAUCAGGCGGGUUUGGGUUCGGGUUCUGGCUCAGGUUCUGGGUCCGGUUCGGGCUCCAGUUCGGGUGCAGGAUCCGUGGAGGAAUCAAGCGGCAAGCAGCAACGGAGCAGCGAUAAGGGAUCCGCUUCGGGUUCAUGGUCCAGUUCGCAGCGUAUGACCCGCCUGGCCUUAUCCUCCAACAUGCGGGCGAGUCGAAAGACGCCACACUCACCGGGCGGAGGAGGUGGUGGUGGUGGUGGGGGUGGUGGAAAUGGAGGAUCUGUUGGCGGUGGCAAGCGGCAAUGGGGCUCGAUGCCCGCAAAUCUGGGCACCCAGUUCAUCAAUCCGGUGACGGGCAAGAAGCGAGUACAGUGCAAUGUCUGUCUGAAGACCUUUUGUGACAAGGGCGCUCUGAAGAUUCACUUCUCGGCGGUGCAUCUCAGGGAGAUGCACAAGUGCACGGUGGACGGAUGCAGCAUGAUGUUCAGCUCGAGGCGAUCGAGGAAUCGCCAUAGCGCCAAUCCGAAUCCCAAGCUCCAUUCGCCGCAUCUGCGACGCAAAAUCUCGCCGCACGAUGGACGCAGUGCGCAACCGCAUCCGCUAUUGCUCCAGGCGCCCAACGGUCUCAUGGCGGGACUGGCACCAUUCGGCAGCUUCCCGCUGCUGACGCCGCCACCAGAUAUGCGGCAUCAUGCGAUGGGCGGCUCGGGUGCGGGAUCUGGUGCGGGAGUCGGUGCCCUGGAGCUGAAGCACGGACAGGAUUAUCUGCAGAGAUCCUACUUGGAUGCCGGACGUUUCGAGGGACAACGACGUAAGCUGGCGCUGGAGAACGAGCACACUGAGGAUGAGGACGACGACGAGAUACUGGAGGUUGGCAUCCACAUGGCCGGCGACGAUGAUGACGACGAGGCUGACGGCGAUGAGGACGAAGAUGACGAUGAUCCCGAUGGCAUCGUUGUGGUUGGCGAUGAGAUCGAUAGCAUGCCGCUGGACCACGAGAACGAUAACGAUAAUGAGAAUGAGAAUGAGAACGAGGAGAGCGACGAGCGCUCCACAUCGGCGGUAUCCAGCCUGAGUCAAACCAAAGAGCAAUCCAGUCCGGGCAAGGUUGUCCAGUCCGGCCUUGAGGAGUGCCACACAUAUGCCCACGCCCAUGCCCACGCCCACGCCCUCUCGCACGGACACGCCCACUCGCUUGGGCACGCCCAUGCCCUCGCCCAAAUGGCGGCCAAUAAACGGAAACGCAAGAGCCAGAAUCCAGUCCGAUGUCCUGUGCAAUCGGAUGAGAAUUCGGGCGAGAAUUCAAUCGACUACGAUGUGGCCGCCGAUCUGUCCAUUAAGAAGGUGCGUCUGCCCGCGCAGGCCGCCGCAUCCGCCAAAGAAUCGGAGGUGGGCGAGUCCACCAAGUCGAUACCAUCGCCACCCCUCACGCCCUACGGUGAUCUCAGGCCGGUGGGUCUCUGCAUUAAGACGGAACAGGAUCCGGAUCAGGAUCACGAUGCCGAACUGGAACAGCAGCAGGGUCAAGAACGCAAGCGGGAGCGGGAGCUGGAGCAGGAACCUGUAACACAUCCUGUUGGCUCGGCAUCCAAGCCAGAAAUGAAACUGGAGGAGCAGGAAACGAGGCCAGCUGACAAGGAGGACGACAACGAGGAAGAGGAACAGGAAGAGUCAUCGCCGGCGGACACCACACUGGAUCUGUCACGGGCAGCGGCCGCCAUCAAACUGGAGCCCCUGGAGGAGAUCAACUAUGAGGCGGAUGAGAAUCGCUAUGUGCGCAUCAAGCAGGAGCUGAUGGGCGGCGAUGAGUCCCUGGCGGAGGAGUCCAGCGACAAGACUGCCAAUCACAAUAAUAAUAAUAACAAUAAUAAUAAUAUUAACAAUAGUGUGCGCCGUGAAAGUGGCAACGGAUUGAGUGCCAGUGCGCUCGAGGAGCGCGAACCGGAGCCGGAAACUGAAACAGAGCCCGAAGCUGAAGCCGAACCGGAACCGGAAACGGAAACGGAAGUGGAGGUGCCCGAAGUGCCCAUCGAUAAGGAGAAUCCCCUUAAGUGCACCGCCUGUGGUGAGAUAUUCCAAAAUCACUUUCAUCUCAAGACGCACCACCAGAGCGUCCACCUCAAGCUGCACCACAAGUGCAAUAUAGAUGGCUGCAAUGCCGCAUUUCCCUCGAAACGCAGCCGCGAUCGUCACAGUUCGAAUCUCAAUUUGCAUCGCAAGCUGCUGUCGACCAGCGAUGAUCAUGGAUUACUCCAUGCACCCGUGAUGCCCGCAACCGAUCCGCUCCUGGAGCUAAUGAGUCUCAAUUUGAAUAACAACAAGAGCGGCUUCCAUCACUCGGCGAUGGUGGGCUCAGCGGCUAGCGGCGGUGGUGGUGGUGGUGUUGGUGGAGUAAAUCCGGCGGCGGUGGGCAGCAUUCAGGCGGAGAUCCUGGCACGCAUUUGCGCCGGUGCCCAUGCCCAUGGACUGAAUGUACCGCUCUGUUUCGAGGCACUGCAGCAUCGUUUCGCCGUUGGACAUGGCCACGCUGGUUAUCCGUUGAUCGCCGGCGAUGGUUCGCCACCCAGUCCCCGCCUAUUUUUGAGCCACGGCAGCGCAGCGAGUCCGCUUCUCUUUGCCGGACUGCCGCGCAUGCCGAGAUUCCCCCAACUGACGCCCCACAUGCUGGCCGCCAGUGCUGGCAAUACAGCCGCCGCUGCCGCCGGAAUGGGCGGACUCAGUCCCUUCUGUCGACGCACCUCCUCCGAUUCAAAUUCACAGCACUCGAUAACGCCACCGCCGAAGAGAUCACGUUCGCAGUCCAGAUCACCGGAUCACUGUGCACAUCCGGCGCAUGCCGUCGAUGCCACCGGCAUCACCGAGGAUUCGGGCCAGCGGCAAAGUCCCGAUCGCAUAUCAUGACCAUGUACCUCGUACUAUGCCAAGGCGUUGGCAUUUUAUCACUAAGAGCCCCCCAUGUCAUGCGGCGCACACACUUUGGAAGUCAGAUAUGCAGAUCCCUAUGGAUAGGUUUAUAUCUUCAUCCAUCUAUAUAUAUAUAUAUAUAUAUAUUAAUUUUUAUAUAUAUGGAAAUUGCAUUGCUCAUGCUCACAUCGAGGAUCGAAGAUCGAAGAUCGUCUGCCGCUCAUAAAUACGAAAACACUUUCACUUAGGCUAAUGCUAAAAUAAAAAUAUUUAGAUGGAUCAACUAGCAUUUUUUUUUUCUAUACAUAAAUAUACAUACAAUAUAUAUAUAUACAUAUAUAUACUAUAUAUAUGAGUCCCUUUUUUUUUAAAUUGUACUUAUGAAAACUGAUGUUUUGUGUACAAGUACGUCGUGUUGUAGAGAAUUUAUAAAUGGCAAAGAAAUAACAAGUACUAAAUAAAUAAAUAACGAUACAUAUUGUUAGUGAUACUCGAUUAUGUAAGUUAAGUAGCCUCUAAGCAGCGCCUACUGGUAUCGUGAGUAACGUUUUUUUUUUUUUUUUAUUGUAACUGAAAUAUUAAGUGUGUUGUAUAUGAUGAUAUGACGAUGGCAAUGGAAAUGCAAAUGCAAAUGCAAAUAAUAUGAGUCAACCAACGACGAAACGCUUGAUAUGAGGAAACGAACAAAAUUUGAUUACAGAUUGCCGUUUACCGAACUGCUGGGUUAGGAUCACUCAUUCAAAGUCCUCAAGAUCCAACAUCGAAAAUAAUAAACAAAAAAAAAAAAAAAUAAGAAAUAUGAACCGUUUUGUUGUUUUUUUAUUACAAACAAAUCCUAAAGUAAUUAUGUAGUCGGUUAGUUAGUUCUGAAACAGUAACCAGACAAAUACCUUCAACUCAUAUUUAAGCUAUAUAUGUUUGCAAUAAAAUAUCUGAAAAAUUCUUAAA